UUCCAACUAUGUCUCAGACGUUUCGCGGACGACAUACCGAGGCCAAGGACCAUAGGAAAGGCAGUGCUACUACAGAAACGGCGCCGCUGCUGUCAUAACCGUCCGUGAUGGAUGUCAAACUUGAGGCAGACGCUUCGAUACGUAGUGGACCGUGCUGUGGCUCGGGGCGAUGCAACUGAGUCCCAAUCAUACAAAUGCAGUCCUCGCGUUUUAAAAACGGACUGGCUUUCUCCACUUGCCUUUACCCCUCAGCGAGUUCGUUAACGAGUUCCCUUAUACAAGUGACACAAGCAACAUGGGCAUCCCGGGCGGGUUCGGUUCUAUUCUCAUCGGGGGUUUGAUCGCCACCAUGUUAUAUGGCAUAACAACUCUCCAGGGCUACGUGUACUUCAUGCAUUACUCUGAGGAUGGGUUGACCAUGAAGUUUCUGGUUGCUGCCACGUGGUUUUUCGAUACGCUACAUGUCUCGCUCGUGUGUCAUAUGUUGUAUUAUUACCUGAUUACCAAUUACGGCGUUCCAACGAGUUUGGAAUAUCUCGUCUGGCCAUUCCCUGCAUCGAUUCUGGUGAACUCAGUUGUGGUUUCUGCAGUUCAAUGCUUCUUCGCAUACAAAAUAUAUCACCUUUGUCGCUCUCAACUGAAGUGGUUAGUGACUGCCGCAAUUAUACUAUUCGUGCUUGCCCACUUUGUGUUUGGCGUAGAGACGGCUGCUUUGAUACUCGCCGAUAACGCCUUCAGCUCUGUUUCGCAGAUUAGGUUUUACAGCAUAAUACCCUCCGUGGCCUCCCUUGCACUAGCCGAGGUUCUAAUUACGGUGUCACUUUGCGUACUUUUCUACGAAGGAGGUUCUCGCUCCACAAUUCGAAGCACAAAGCGUCUCCUGAACACGCUUAUUAUCUAUGCUGUUAAUCGGUGUUUGCUGACUUUACUAGUCGCCGUUGCAGAGGUAGUCACGGUAAGUAUGACGUAUUGUACUAUGACUAUAUUGCUCUCACACUUCCUUCAGGAUGCUGAGGCCCAGGACGCAUGGUCAAUAGGGAUGGACUUCAUCAUUGGAAAACUAUAUGCCAACUCGCUUCUAGCAUCGUUGAACACUCGGCAAUACCUUCGUUCCCAGGAUUCACUUAUCGAGUCAGAUCAGCGCAUUAGUACUGUCCGCUUCGCCAACCUGCCUGAGCUUUCGGAUGACGUAGAGAGUUCGAAGGAUGGAGGGAAACAUAUCGAUGUGCGCGAAGCGGCGGUUAUCAAUAUCUCUGCCGGUCCGGCACGUGGCAAGACCACAGCGCUGUGAAGAGAAGGAGAAUUGUGAUACUGAUGGUGCCAUCCUGUAUCCGCUACCUAGUCUUUUCACCACAAGACCGAGCCGUGUCGUGUUGAUGCGAAA